AUGAAAGUGACCCGGAACGAAGCAAAGGAAGCCGCAACGGCGGGAGCGACCCGGACGACGGCCAGACAGGGGGGCGCCACCAGGGGGACGGUCGCGGGGAGAAGGCAGAGCGGCGGGCGAAGCGGAGGAAAGCGCCGGGGCGAGCCGGCGGCGGCCGGCUGGGACCAAACAAGGGCGCCGGACGCCGGCAGCGGCGAGAGAGAGAGAGAAGAGCAGAGGGGCGCCGGGCGAGCGAAACGGGAAGCACGGGGGAGGCAGCAGGGAGGGCGGGAGGGGGCAAAGGCGGGCGGGCAGCCGCAGGCCACGGAACUGGCGGAGGGGGCGGUAGGAGCGGAAAAUGGGAGACAAGGAAGGAGAACCGCGAAAAGAAACCGGCGGAGGGAACGGAAUGGGGCCCAAAAAGCGGCGCACGGGACGGGCUGGGGGGGCAGGGCCAGAGCCGGAAGUGUGUCGGGAGGGGGCGGGGGCGACCGCAAGCCCGGGGAGGGCCGACAAGGAAACCUAAGAAGGCCCGGGCGGACGCCGAAAGAGCACGGCGGGGAGGGGGCGCAAGGGAGACCGCGGGACCCGGGGCAAAGAAAGGGGCCAACAGGCGGCGGGGCGGGCCGGGGGUCGGGGCAGGGACCAGGGCAGCGACAGGCGGCGAGGCCGUGA